AUGGGAGACUUCACGAUCGUUGCCGGCGAUUCGACUGGCAAGGUUUCCUUCUUCAACGGUAUCCACGGCAACCUGCUGCAGGUCUUUCAAGCGAACAAGGCUGAUGUGCUAACGCUGUGCUUGAAUGAGGAGGAAAACAAGCUGUUCUGUGGAGGAGUAGAGCCCGGGAUCUCUCAAUUUGAGAAAGUCAUCGCCGGACCGGGCAAUGAUAGCUUCCAUAGAGAUUAUCAGAAGUGGGUGCCAUCACUACCGCGUCUGCUGCACACACACGACGUGAAGUCGCUGUGCAUGGCCGGAGAGUUUCUCGUCUCCGGAGGGGUCGAUACGAACUUAGGCCUCAGCAAGUACCCACCGAAAACCUACAUAACGCUGCCACACAUUCCAAAGAAUUCGGUUCAUCUAGCAGAGAAGGCAGCAUGUCUGAUGCUGCAGUAUGCCGAUUAUCUGGAGGUGUGGAAACUUGGCGAUACAGCCGUAGAACUGGAGAUGGGAGUUGAAGGUGGAGACGGAGAGAUGUUGCCGCUAACGAAAGGAGCGAAGAAGCUGCUGCAGCUAAAGACGCGGAACGAUGAGCGAGUCAUCUGCUCCGCCAUCUCACGCGACGCGCGCUGGCUCGCCUACUCACACACCUCCGCCAUACACCUCUACCAGCUCUCGCUUGACGAAGAGAAGCCUCUAUCGGUGCACAGAGUGAAGUAUCUGCCCCCUGGUGUUCAGCCAGCACACCACCUAUGUUUUGCUGGUUCGGACAGGUUGCUAGUGGCAACGGAAACUGGCGACGUUCAAGUAUUGGAGGUUGAUAGCGUAAAGCCGAAGCUACUGCACAACUUUGAUGGCUGCCAGGAGGCUGUUAGUCACAUACGAGCAUCCAACUGUGGUCGGUACGCUGCAGUGAGCAACUUCUCUCGAACGGUGAUCGUAUAUGACAUCAUCGAAUUCAAGAAGGUGUGUGCUAUGCCACAGUUUCCACAGCAGGUUGCCGCUCUCUGUUUUCACCCGCGAGAUCUGGAGCUACUCGUGGUUUAUGCUGACAAUAGCGUCGUAGAGUACAGUAUAGCAGAAAAGGGCUACACGUCAUGGUCACGGAGGUACGCCAAGAUGCGCCACCAGAUGGAGCCGGCGGAACACGUGGGAACCACGUUGAAUGUGAUGUAUCAUCCGAGCGAUGAGAAGCACAGCCAGCUUAUCCUGCACGGAGACAAGAGGGUGCGGUGCAUCGACAAGACGGAGGUGCAAUCGCGGAAGCGUGGCGGCGCGUUACACGUCUGCGACCGCAUACACUACCUCGUACACGUGGCGCCAUCUGCACCGGACUGGCUCGUCAUCGUCGAGCGCACGCCUCAGUCGAUCGCGGUGACGCUGCCGCCGACGCUGGCCGUGAAGAAGUUUGGAACUUAGCCGGUAGAGGGAGCCGGUGUAGCGUGCGAGUGCGAGAUUCAGGUGUGCAUGUGGAAUGGGGUGUCACUCGUCCCGGGUUCCAUGUAAGCGGUCGUCAUCCGCUUACCAUCACAGCAUGGAGUGUUCAGGCAAGUUUACGUGGACAACUAGGUGGCACUGCCUGGUGAGGUAUCGACCAGCGGGGCCGCUGUGGCACGGGUACGUUGCCGUGGGUGACAGGGUGCAUCGACGGAGUCCCCACUAACUAACUACGGAUGUCGCGCAAGAAGCGAUUGCAUCGUCAUCAUCGUCCUUGGUUACGCGUCUGCCGUGACAAAACAGCGAUUAACGGGAGUUGACGCCAUCAUAUCUUUGCGUUGAUUGCGUCUCCGCGGCGACUACGGCGUCGCUAUUAGCAACGAUCGUAGCAGAUGAAAUUAUCUUCGUCGAAGCGGUUUUCGAAGACUUAUUUCUCAUGUGCCAACGCUGCGCAGCAGACAGACAGCAUAGUGGAGAGGUUUUGGGCAGAGGGUGGUGCAUGCCCCAGAGAGGAGAGGCAUCUGAGACUGGGGUGGGGGCAGUGGGCAUCGCCUAUACAGUGUAUGGUCAGAUCUGUGUUAGCGAUCACCUGUAUAAAAUAGAUGUCUGUCUAGGAAGUGAAACACUUUCAGUGUUUCUCCUGAGCAGCAGUUAAUAUGCUGAAAACACAGACACUGAUGGAACGUGAAACAGACACCUUUCUAUAAGGAGCACUCUUCGCUUAAGUGAUCAUUACAUACAGGUUCUACCAUGCGUGCGUGGGUGUGCGUGUUUGUGCGUGCGUGUGUUAGAUUAAUAUCACGAAAUCGGACUGUGUUCGUGCGUGUAAUUCAUGCAGCAGUAGUUUGAGAGUGAUGCCUCCCAUCAUGCGCUCCUCUAAGAAGCAUCUCUAUCUCCCGGGGUUCUGCCAUAGGGAAAUUAACGCGAACAUAUAUGAUAUAUGUAAUGUGUGCGCGUGCAUACAUGCGUGUGGGCGUGCAUACAUGCGAUGCGUGUGUGCGUGCGUACUGCGUGUGUACUGUGUGUACGUGUGUGCGUGUAUAUAUGGGCAUAUGUGUGAUCGUUGCAGCGGCUGCUGUUGUUCUGACAUUAUCUAUUCAUCCCGCAACGACUAUCACUAAUGAUGACGUUAUCGCGACAAUAAUGACAAUUUUAUUCUAUAAUAAACUUCUCGAUGGAAUAUUAAAAAGUAA